AUGAAAAUUAAAAUAUUAUUUAUAAUUUUAAUAAUUAAUUUUAUUAAAUGUAUUGAUGAUAAAACUAUAAUUUUAUCAACAAAAAAUAUUGAAAAUUUGAAUUCUUUACAACUUUUAACACCAAUACGAAAAUAUGAUUCUGAUAUUUAUAUUAUCGCAUCAGUUAAUGUUGAUGGUAAAUAUGGUAUGGAAUUGAAGAAAGAGAAUUUUAUUCCAUUAGGACUUAAUUAUAUAGAAUUUCAAGAAAAUUGUGAAACAUUACGUAAACUAAUUAAUGAUACAUUUGAAAGAAUUAGUUUUGAUUUUAUAGAUAAUAAUACUACAAUACAACAAAUUCAAUCUGGAUUAUGGUUUUAUAUACCAUUAUUAAAUCAUAAUUCAUUGGAAGAAUUUGUUAAAUUAAUUGAAAAAAAAGAUGAGAAGAAUGUAACAAUGUUAAUAACACAUUGUGAUUUAUUGGAUACGAAAAAUUUGAAAAAACCUUUAGAAAUUGAAGAUGAACUUAAACAAGAAAAGGAAGAAUUAAAAACAACACCAAUGAUCUUCCAACAAUUAUUAGUCAUGUUUUUUUUCAUUAUCAUAUUAUUCUUUGGUCUCUCAUUUUCAUUAAAUAUUAAAACUCCAUCAUCACUUCUUACUCCACAACAAACUAAAACCAAACUCAUUUAA